CCGCCUCACCUGAAAAAGCGUUUGGUUUAAAUAAUUUAAUCGUUGAAUCUCAAUCUUAACUUUUGUUCCUUUGUGCAUGUUAAUGCCCAGAAAUUCAUUUAUACAUCUCUCCCAUCGGCAAAUUGUUUUGACGUUUAAGUUUUCUAGCGGGGUGAAUGCCCUUCAAUGUUCUCCUGUUUCUCCUAUGCUUUAAUCUCCGGUUGGUUGCGAUACUGAAAAUUCUCAUUGUUUUGCAUGUCAUUCUAAUUCAAAAAAUAAUAUUCUAGCCACUCAGAUACUCUGAUAAACUCUGCCGCCGGGAGUUCUCUCCAGUGUUCAGUCAAUGGAUACCAAUUUUUGGAUUAAUAUAUGCUGCUUCUCCCACCCAAAACGAUAGAUCUCCACUAAAGAAAGCAACCAAGCAAUUGCUGGAAGAAGCUGAUGAAUUGUUCAAUGCGUUUCACUAUGAAGAUACUUAUAAACUUCUCAAGGACUAUAAGGAUAGUGAUGAUGUGGAAGCACUUUGGAGAAUUUGCCGAGCAUUGUACAAUCAUUCCAAAGAAGAGCUGGACACUAAAAUCAAAAAGGCCCUGGUUGUGGAAGCAUUCAUAAUUAUUAAGCGUGCACUUGCUCUAAACGAUAACCAUUUUGCUACUCAUAAAUGGUAUGCUAUCUUGCUUGACGCUCAUGCAUCAUACGCUGGUAUAAAGGCACGCAUAAACGAACUUUUGAAUGUCAAAAAUCACAUGGUGAGAGCAGCAGAACUGAAUCCUAAGGACGCUACUACCCUUUAUAUGUUAGGAACAUGGUGUUUUAGUAUUGCAGAUAUGCCAUGGUAUCAACGCAAGAUAGCAAGUACUCUCUUUGCUACACCUCCUUCAUCAAGUUAUGAAGAAGCUUUAAAGUAUUUUAUUAAAGCUGAAGAAGUUGAUCCAAACUUUUAUAGUCUUAAUUUGUUGAUGCUUGGGAAGACCUAUUUGAGACUAAAGGACAAAGAGAGAGCCAUCCAUUAUCUUAAACUAACAACCGCUUAUCCAGCCAGGACCGAUGAAGAUAUGCAGGCAAAGAAAGAAGCUGCUGAAAUCCUGAAAAGUAUCAAAGAAUAAAAGAUUACCAUCUUUUAUGGCUUCAUUGGUAUAAGAAAGUGCUUGAAAUCCUAGAAUACAAAUCCAGCUUUCAAAAUGUGAAAUGUAUUCAUAUGUGAUGUUUUUCUCAUCUUUCAACUGAUAUUAUAAACUGUUAAGUUUAUGUAUCAUGCAGGGUAAGAUCAAAUGACAUUGAUUGUAGUUUGUCUUCAGUAAUAUCUUAAGAGAUACCUUGGAUUUUACCUUUUUGAAUCAUUUGUGGCUACCAUCAGUUUUCAAACUUCAAAGUGAAAUAAAGAAAGACAGCAGGUUUAGUUGUGAUAU